AUGGAUGGUGGCGAAAGUAACUGCACAGUUGCACAGGAUGUGGCUGCUACAAGUUUGUCAACGGGAAGUGUCGAAGAUUAUGAUAAGUUAUUCACCCAAUCUUCUGUUGAUCUAUCCAACAAACAGUUAGAAAAAUUGCCAAAUUCACGUCAAAAUUAUCCAAAGAUGAAUGUUAGUUUUAAUAUGUUGGAGCGAUUUUCGAGCUUUCUGCCUCUUGCUAAUACUUUGAAACAUCUUGACAUUUCGCACAAUUCUUUGAGCAAUUGUGAUAAUUUGGUAGCGUUAAUAGAACUACUCUGGCUUGAUGCAGCUUAUAAUCAUAUCCAGGCUCUUCCACUGCUGGAUCGACUUACACAUUUAACUUACUUGAACAUUUCAAAUAAUCGACUCAGUGUUUUACCGAAUCUGAGCAAAUUAGCUGUCUUAAAAACUCUCAAUUUAAAUGAUAAUGAAAUUAGCACACUAGACGAACUUCAUCGAACAAUGCCACAGUACUUGCAAGAUCUCGAUAUCGGUGCUAAUGUGAUCACAGAUUUACGAGAGGCUCAAUACUUAUUAUGUCUAAAGAACAUACGAUCUAUAGUAUUUGCGGGAAAUCCUUGUGUUCGUUUGAAAGAUCGCACUUUUUGCUAUCGUCCAUACCUUUAUUGUUGUUGUCUCGAACAACUACAAAUUGUUGACGGAAAGGAACUUAGUGAAACUGAAAUCAUUAAAGGUGAAGAAUUGCAUACUCAUGCAAAAAUACGGCGUAUGGAAACACAUGCUCAAUUGUGUGCUUAUCUAGAAAAGGAGUGUCCAGAAGAUUGUCACCAUUCAUUUUCAUCAGAUGACAGUCGUUUGAUGAAGAUUUUGAAGAAAAGACGUGAGUACACGUCACGAUUUAAAGAUGAUACGACGAGUGAGGAAUCAACGGCAACAACCCUUUCACCGUACAGGGAAUGGCUUUCCAAAUCAGCCUCUUCUCUAUCGAAUCCUUUCGAAUAUAACAGUUGUACUACGGAGCAGAAGGAAAAUUAUGCGCCUUUGAUUGAUACUAAUGAUUUAUCAUCUCUGUCAGCAAGAAUCAGCACACCUCCAACAUCUGCGAAUUCUAAUAUUUCGUCUUCAACAGUUACUUUAUCGGCUCCAUCAGUUUCAUCUUCCACUCCAGUGAGAACUCGCAUUCAGAGAAGGCUACAAGGUAAAUCAGUUCAAGUUCACAAAAAUCCAGUCAUAACAAGUAAUACACCGAGAAAAGGCAGCAUUUUUGAGCAGUCUAAUUGGAGUGAGAGACGGCAAAAAUCAUUGGUGAGAAACAUUAUCAGAGAUCCACCCAAUAGGAUAAAGGUUUCUGCUGUUUCCGAAUUGGUUACAAAGAAUCGGAGUUAUCGCUUUAGAUCCACAGAAAAUUCUAAUGAAAUUUCGUUUGUGAGUGCCCGCAAAGUUCGAAGAUAUAGUGAAAAGGAGAAGAAAUCCGCUUUACUUAUUCAAUCAUGGUGGAGAGGUAUAAAGGUCCGACAAAUGUAUCGAGUACCUUUUCUCCAAAGGCGUAUUCAGCGCUUUGAAACGCUGCUCAAAGAAAAGUCAAACAUAAUCUUGAAGUUGCAAGAGGAGUUUUCUAAUUUAGAAUCUAAUAUUGAAACAAUCAUAGCUGAAAACGAACAGCAGGCUUUGAAGAUUGCAGAAAUGCAACAAUUCAUGACGCAAAUUGCUGAAACAUGUAAUGAGCGUCAGAAACAGUUCAUGAAUAAAUUGUUACCAGUUCCCGACGAAUUACAGUACGUACGAAAAUCGGAAACUGAAGUAUUACUGCAGUGGCAGAAUCGUCAGCGUCCGCAAAAACCGACAAGAUAUUUGGUAACUGUAAACGGUAAUCCAUGCGGAACAGUCAGAGGUAUCCAUAAAAAGGCUCUUGUCACAGAUUUAGACCCAACAAAAGAAUCUAUUGUAAGAAUGCAGUGUGUCUUCAAUGAGUUUAGUGGAGAUCUCUCGGAAUGUUUGGUCAUUCCUUCACACAAGCAGGAAGCAAGUUCUGUCAGUGAGGAUGAAAUGGAGCCUCUUCCAAAGCAAGCUGGAUUUAAUUUGGAUUAA